GUGAUCAAGAAUAGCAAGACAGACAUCCCAGAGUUGGAGUUAUUUCCUCGCUAUCUUCUCUUCCUGAGACAGCAGCCUGCCACUCGGACACAGCAGUCUAACAUCUGGGUGAAUAUGGGAAAUGUACCUUCUCCAAAUGCACCUUUAAAGAGGGUAUUAGCCUAUACAGGCUGUUUUAGUCGAAUGCAGACCAUUAAGGAAAUUCAUGAAUAUCUAUCUCAAAGGCUACGCAUCAAAGAGGAAGAUAUGCGCCUGUGGCUAUACAACAGUGAGAAUUACCUCACUCUUCUGGAUGAUGAGGAUCAUAGAUUGGAAUAUUUGAAAAUUCAGGAUGAACAGCACCUGGUAAUUGAAGUUCGCAACAAAGAUAUGAGUUGGCCUGAAGAGAUGUCCUUUAUAGCAAAUAGUAGUAAAAUAGACAGACACAAGGUUCCCACAGAAAAGGGAGCCACAGGUCUGAGUAACCUGGGAAACACAUGCUUCAUGAACUCAAGCAUCCAGUGUGUUAGUAACACACAGGCACUGACACAGUAUUUUAUCUCAGGGAGACAUCUUUAUGAACUCAACAGGACAAAUCCCAUUGGUAUGAAGGGACAUAUGGCUAAAUGCUAUGGUGAUUUAGUACAGGAACUUUGGAGUGGAACUCAGAAGAAUGUUGCCCCAUUAAAGCUUCGGUGGACCAUAGCAAAAUAUGCUCCCAGGUUUAAUGGGUUUCAACAACAGGACUCCCAAGAACUUCUGGCUUUUCUCUUGGAUGGUCUUCAUGAAGAUCUCAACCGAGUCCAUGAGAAGCCAUAUGUAGAACUGAAGGACAGUGAUGGCCGACCAGACUGGGAAGUAGCUGCAGAGGCCUGGGACAACCAUCUGAGAAGAAACAGAUCAAUUGUUGUGGAUUUGUUCCAUGGGCAACUAAGGUCCCAAGUCAAAUGCAAGACAUGUGGGCAUAUAAGUGUCCGAUUUGACCCCUUCAAUUUUUUGUCUUUGCCACUACCAAUGGACAGCUAUAUGCACUUAGAAAUAACAGUUAUUAAGUUGGAUGGUACUACCCCUGUACGAUAUGGACUAAGACUGAAUAUGGAUGAAAAGUACACAGGUUUAAAAAAACAGCUGAGUGAUCUCUGUGGACUUAAAUCAGAACAAAUCCUUCUUGCAGAAGUACAUGGUUCCAACAUAAAGAACUUCCCUCAGGAUAACCAAAAAGUACGACUCUCAGUGAGUGGAUUCUUGUGUGCAUUUGAAAUUCCAAUCCCUGCCUCUCCAGUUUCAACUUCUAGUCCUAUCCAGACAGAUUUCUCCUCUUCCCCAUCUGCAAAUGGGUUCACCCUGACUACUAAUGGGGAUCUGCCCCGACCAAUGUUUAUACCCAAUGGAAUGCCAAACACUGUUGUGCCAUGUGGAACUGAGAAGAACUUCACAAAUGGAAUGGUGAAUGGUCAUAUACCAUCUCUUCCUGACAGCCCCUUUACAGGCUACAUCAUUGCAGUCCACCGAAAAAUGAUGAGGUCAGAACUGUAUUUCCUGUCAUCUCAGAAGAAUCGCCCCAGCCUCUUUGGAAUGCCACUGAUUGUUCCAUGUACUGUGCAUACCCGGAAGAAAGACUUAUAUGAUGCGGUUUGGAUUCAAGUAUCUCGAUUAGCCAGCCCACUCCCACCUCAGGAAGCUAGUAACCAUGCUCAAGAUUGUGAUGACAGUAUGGGUUAUCAAUAUCCAUUCACUCUUCGAGUUGUACAGAAAGAUGGGAAUUCCUGUGCUUGGUGUCCAUGGUAUAGAUUUUGCAGAGGCUGUAAAAUUGAUUGUGGGGAAGACAGAGCUUUCAUUGGAAAUGCCUAUGUUGCUGUGGAUUGGGACCCCACAGCCCUUCACCUCCGCUAUCAAACGUCACAGGAACGGGUUGUAGAUGAGCACGAGAGCGUGGAGCAGAGUCGGCGAGCACAAGCUGAGCCCAUCAACCUGGACAGCUGUCUCCGUGCUUUCACCAGUGAAGAGGAGCUAGGGGAAAAUGAGAUGUACUACUGUUCCAAGUGUAAGACCCACUGCUUGGCAACCAAGAAGUUGGAUCUCUGGAGGCUUCCCCCGAUCCUGAUUAUUCAUCUUAAACGAUUUCAAUUUGUAAAUGGUCGAUGGAUAAAAUCACAGAAAAUUGUUAAAUUUCCUCGUGAAAAUUUUGACCCUAGUGCUUUUUUGGUACCAAGAGACCCCGCUCUCUGCCUGCAUAAACCACUCACACCCGCAGGAGAUGACCUCUCUGAGCCAAGGGUUCCAGCAGGAGAAGCGAAGAAAGUGGAUGCCCAGAGCUCAGCAGGGGAAGAGGAAGUGCUCCUGAGCAAGAGUCCAUCCUCACUCAGUACAAACAUCAUCAGUAGCCCAAAAGGUUCUCCUUCUUCCUCAAGGAAAAGGGGAACCAGCUGUCCCUCCAGCAAAAAUAGCAGCCCUAACAGCAGCCCACGGACUUUGGGGAGAAGCAAAGGGAGGCUCCGGCUGCCCCAGAUUGGCAGCAAAAAUAAACUGUCAAGUAGUAAGGAGAGCUUGGAUGCCAGCAAAGAGAAUGGGGCUGGGCAGAUCUGUGAGCUGGCUGAUGCUUUGAGCCGGGGGCACAUGAUGGGGGGCAGCCAACCUGAGCUGGUCAUCCCUCAGGACUACGAGGUAGCUUUGGCCAAUGGAUUCCUUUAUGAGCAUGAGGCAUGUGGCAAUGGCUACAGCAGUGGUCAGCUUGGAAACCACAGUGAAGAAGACAGCACUGAUGACCAAAGAGAAGAUACAUGUAUUAAGCCUAUUUAUAAUCUAUAUGCAAUUUCGUGCCAUUCAGGAAUUCUGGGCGGGGGCCAUUAUGUCACUUAUGCCAAAAACCCAAACUGCAAGUGGUAUUGUUACAAUGACAGCAGCUGUAAGGAACUUCACCCCGAUGAAAUUGAUACCGACUCUGCCUACAUUCUUUUCUAUGAGCAGCAGGGGAUAGACUAUGCACAAUUUCUGCCAAAGAUUGAUGGCAAAAAGAUGGCAGACACAAGCAGCAUGGACGAAGACUUUGAAUCUGAUUACAAAAAAUACUGUGUGUUGCAGUAAAGCUACCACUCUGGCUGCUAGACAGGGUGCUGGUGAGGGAGAUGACUCCUUGUAGCUGACAUUUGGCAAAAGCAUCAUUGAAAGGCAAGCUAAAUGUAGUUAUUUUAUCCUGUGACCCUGAAGCACAAAAUAAAAAUUCUAAUUAAAAUAGUUAACUUUAAGAGUAGUAAUAAUUUUGUUUUGAAGUCUCACUCAAGUUCUCUGGUAGAGAACUUUCAGGCAGAUCACACCAAUAGCCUGUAAACAAAGGGGUUUGGCACCAGCCACCUGGGACCAAAUAAGAAUUAAAUUGUGCUUGUCCAGAUGUGAACAAACAUGUAGUGAGUAUAGAGUUUACCAAUAAUCAUUACAGAAUACUAAGGAUUUCCUUGGAGUCAAAGUAAAAAAUAAAAAAAUCGUAGUGUUGUCUGGGGACGACAUGAUAUGCUACCUCCUUUUUCCUGAAGUUUUAUUCCAUUAUAUUGACACGAUGGAGAAAGCAAGAUCAUGAAGUAUGCAAGUGAUUCUUGUGGCAUGGGUGCAGAUUUUUUAAUUUAUUUUUUAAACCGUUUCCCUACUUUUUAUGUCUUUCUUGCUCUUUGUUUUUGUUUUGUUUGUUUGAGACACAACCAGUCAAUGGCAGAGGCACAUGGUGGUCAAUCUGAAAGGGAGAAUCUCUAACAAGAUUCCACGUAGGGCCUUGGUUGGGAGACCCAGUAGAAAGAAAAAGCAUUCUGGGAAAUCCAGGCAAAAUGGCCCUCCUGAUAACAGCAUCUUCCUCUUAGGAUACUUUAAGUAUUCUCAAAAAUUUAUCCCCUCUCCCUACUGCUGAGUGUGGCAAGGUAGUUGCCAAUAUUUGCACCAUCUUUACAUGCACGUGUUGCACAAAGAGCUGGGAAGGAAGUGGCAUCAAAGCUAGAAGGUGUUUCAUAAUUUUUCUUUCUUUUGCACUUUUAAAAAGAGAAUACAUGCAAAUGAAUUUACUUGUUUGUAUUGAUGGCUCUAAGGGCUAUAAAUUAACUCUAUUGGGGUAUUUUCCCACAUCAUAUUAAAUUUAAAAACAAAAUCCCAAACAUUGAUAGUUCAUAAGUAUUUUUAAUGAAAUUGAUGGUUAGGAUAGGAAGUAAACUUUUGUUUUGUUUGCAUGUCCCUUUUUUUUUUUUUUUUAAAAUUUUACACUAGUCAUCAAAGUUAUAUUUCUUGCUUACUUCAUUUUUUCCUCUGAUUUUUCAAGACUGGAACAAAACUAUAAAUGUUAUUUAUUUCAGGCAGCAUUUUUUUUCCUGUGUUUUUUAAUAUGCAUUCAAAAGAAAUGUUCCACCUUUUUGUAGUCUUUUUUUAUUAUUAUUAAUUUACACCUUGGAAGUUGAUUCUCAUUAAGUCAGAUUCCAUUGCACUUUUUUCCUCAUGGGUAGUAAGAACCAAUGUGAUUAAGCAUUUGUGUUCUGUUAUCUGAGGCCAGUAACUAUGUAGUUCUUCUCAGAGCAUUUGAAAGUUGUCUUAAAUGGCUACCUAAGUUGAAACCCCUUUCAGAAGAAGAAUAUAAUUACAAGUAAGAAAGAAUGCCCUAAAUGGUAUAAUGUAAUGAAGUCAGACAAAAUGCAUACUUAAUAGUUUCAAGAUUUUUAUUAUAUAAAAUCUGUCCAUUCUUACCUGGACAAGUCCCAUGAAAAAGUGGAAGAUUUUGAAUUUCCUUACAAAUGUUUUAUUUAAGCAGGUAGCACAAUCUACUAAUGUUGUUUGAUCUGUGUUUGUUAUAUUGGUUAUAAUUAAUUUUUUUAAUUCAUGAACUAGCAUAAAAUUUAUUAAAUUAACUAUUAACUACAUUCAUCUUGUAAAUUACUGUAUAAAAUUUGUUGACAAUGCACUGACUUUAGAAAGCUGUUAAUGUACAUAAAUAGAGUGUAAAUAAAAUAGUGUCGAUGUACUGAAAUAUGAAUUGUAUAAAAAGUAUUGGUGAUUGUAUAUGGAGUGUACCUGUUUAUCUGUAACUAUUAUCUAAACAAAUUAAAUACUGUGGAUCCCUCUAUGUGCUGUUUUUUCUCAUACAAGUAAACACAUGAAGUCAAA